AUGCUUAAAUAGUUUACAAAAUUUGAACAUGGCCACCGAUUCCUGGGAUCCUUUAAUUAUUUUUCUGGUAGUGCAGAAAUUGAACCCGGAGUCACACAAGGAUUGGGAGGAGUAUGCUCACAAGGACGAUUCCGAGGAAUUACCCAAGUGGACAGACUUCGUCAAAUUUCUAGAAGCUAAAUUCCGAACGCUAGAGCUCAUCACCGCUUCUUCAUCAACUCCGCGCGAAAGAAAUGUAGUCAAAGAACGCGCGUUCCACGCCACAGAAUCACAAGCAGAGAAGAGUUGUGUCAUGUGUAAAGGUAAUCACACACUCGCUCAUUGCAAAGAAUUUACAAAAAUGCAGCCUAAUGAGAGAUGUGAAUAUACAAAAAACAAUAAGCUAUGUUACAAUUGUCUAGCACCAGGACAUGCGGUUUUCAAGUGUCGAUUGCCCAUGUCAUGCCGUAUAUGUCGCAAGCGCCAUCAUUCACUCGUCCAUGUGACCAAGAGCCCGGAAACAGCAGAACAAGAUACUAAGACCCAGCCGACGCUCCCCAAGGUCAACGAGACUGAAACAGAAAUUCAAGCUACCAUGGCAAUUGCAUCACACCACACAGCUAGACAUAGUGAUGGCUUGUUAGCAACUGCGAUUGUAAACGUGAAGAGUGAGCAAGGUCACACCAUUGCACUGAGAGCUCUUAUCGACCCGUGCUCACAGGCAUCUUUCAUUAGUGAGAAAGCGACCCAAUUACUUAAACUUAAAAGAGAGACAACAAGAGCAAGCAUAACGGGAUUGGGGCCUAUAAAGGCGAACGCAAAUCAAGUGGUUCAAUUAGAGGUUUCGUCGCAAUAUCAAACGUCGUAUUCUAUACAGCUUCGAGCCUAUGUGAUUUCCAAGCAAUUGACCACUCAAAUGCCCAUGAAAACCAUGAAUACAAGCAACUGGUCUCACAUACAAAAUCUACACCUGGCCGAUCCAAGUUAUAACACACCAGGUCCAGUAGAUCUUCUUCUUGGAGUUAAAGUAUAUGCGCAGAUCAUUCAAGAAGAUACAACAAUAAUCAAGGGUCCACCGGGUACACCAUGUGCUCAGAAAACAUACUUGGGAUGGAUCCUGUUUGGAGAUAAUGGAGAGACGGAUACAAGUAUACAAGAAAAAUGUUUCAUUACGAUGCAUCAUCAAGUCGAUGUUGAUGAUCUAUUGAAGACUAUAUGGGAGGUAGAACCAGAUACAAAGAGAACAUUAACUGAAGAAGAACAAACAUGUGAAAGAAUUUACGAAAGUACCUACAAAAGAAAUGAAGAAGGAAGAUACAUCGUCAAAUUACCUUUAAAAACAGAAGUACCAAGAGCAUGUGAAGGAAAUACAAGAGAAAUAGCACAGAACAGAUUAAUACAACUAGAGAGAAGAUUUCUAAAAAUGCCAAAGCUCAAAGAAGAAUAUGUAAAGGUGAUUGAUGAUUAUAUUGAACAGAAGCACAUGGAAAAGGUACCAACCGAAGAAAUACAUACAAAGAAGAGUGUAUACUUAGCCCACCAUGCAAUUAUUCGAGAAGAGAAGGAAACUACAAAGACGCGCGUCGUGUAUGACGCGUCGUGUAAGGGCACCAAUGGUUUCUCAUUAAACGACGACCUCCUGGUUGGGCCAGUUUUACAAGAAGAUUUGAGAAGUUUGAUAAUGAGAUGGCGAAUGCACGCUAUAUGUUUCGUCUCAGAUAUUCACAAGAUGUAUCGGAUGGUGCUGACAACUAAAGAAGAUUCCGACUAUCAAAGAAUUUUAUGGAGAAGUAGCAGUGACAAGCAAAUAGAGGAUUACCGUCUCCUGACAGUAACUUUUGGAACAGCUUCAGCUCCAUAUCUGGCAGUUAAGACGUUGCAACAGCUGGCUAUAGAUGAAAGAGACGAGUUUCCUGCUGCAUCAAAGAUGAUCAAAGAAGACUUCUACGUCGACGACCUGAUGUCGGGAUGUGACACCAUCGUACAAGCCAUAGAAGCCAACAAUCAAUUGCAAGAAGUUAUGCGAAAAGUGGAUUUCAGCUUAAAAAAUGGUCAUCCAAUAGUGUUGAGUUCAUGCGCAGUUUGA